AUGGCCUCCUGGGACUAUCAUCCUUAUUUUCCGCUUUCAUCUCUGGAACUCCAUUCACCUGGAUGUUCAAUGCCGCUGCCAUAUAGUGUUCCAAAACAGAUAGUGCCAUCCCUGCAUAGUCCACAGUUUCUCCAGACAGAAAGCAAAAAUAUUUCUGGCAAAGCCCGUCGUUAUCAACCGCCACCUCCACAGCUUCUACGAAUGCGGAGAAGCGCUGCCAAUGAACGCGAACGACGUCGAAUGAACACGCUGAAUGUGGCCUAUGACAAGGUGAAUUCCACAGUAUGA